CACGAGACUGGCGUGCCAAGAACAACGUGGUUUCAGUAAAAGUUCUACAAAGUAAGCAGUAACAAUGACCGAUUGUGUGGAAAUUGCAAUCACAAGCGAUGGGUCGGAACAACUUUGGAGCUGUUGUGCGUGGAACGUGCGGACCGGGACGCAGCUGAUGCCGUACCGACACGGAGGAGCUCCAGCAGUAAAGACGCUGCAGGUCGUCAGCAACCGAUACAUAGUUGCUGGACAUCAGGCCAAACCGUUGCUGCACAUAUGGCCCAUCAAUAAGCAGGACCCGUCCAACGUGAAGUACCUGCUGGCCGGCUCUCCGCAAGCGGUUGCUGUGUCACCGGAUGGAAACUAUUGUAUUGUUGCGCACGAAGAUUCGUUUAAUGUUUACAUGCUUGUCAACGGAAUAAACGUGGCCGCCGUAUCACACCAUUUCGGAAAAAUUACGGCCCUAAAGUUCACCGACGAUGGAUCACACUUCGUGUCCGCCGCCCAAGACUGUCGUGUCGUCGUGUGGAGUCUGGCCAAGACGGUGCUUCAGAAAGACAACAAAUUGUUGUACGAAUUCGCCGACUUCACCCUACCCGUGUCUGAUAUUUACGUCGGAAAGGGUGGAAUGAAAGCAUUGCUGGCCGUUGCGUCCCUGGAUCGGUCGUGCAAAAUAUACGACCUAGCAUCCGGAAAGAUGGUAUUGAACUUAGUGUUUCCAGUUGCCCUUUCCGUCGUAACCAUGAAUGGACUCGAAACGGAGCUGUACGUUGGCAACAAGCAAGGGUCAAUCUUUAUAUGCAACCUACAGUCCACGCCACGCUCGAAGGAAAUUCACUUACCCCAGAGUUUGCUGGUGCCAAACACGCUCAAGGGACACCAGAAGGCCGUCACUUGUCUCUCGAUGUCGAUGGACAACGAAACCCUGCUUUCUGGUGGCGAGGACGCAGUGGUCAUAGUUUGGCACGUCAAAACUCGGACACAGUUAAAAGUAAUACCACACAAGGGCCCCAUAACGAAUGCAUUUUUCCUCAUCACGCCGAAGCUCAUGUUUGACCAAUCGGUAACAGUCAACGUACCCUUUCCGGCGUUCCAUAAAAAGCCCAUCACGCGCGGCUCUAGAGAAGCUGUAAGCAUGGAGUUAACGACCACCAAGCAUUCAUUGCGUGAACGGACGGAUACAGCACCGGUAGUAAUAAAUAGACUCAGCGGUCAAGCGACGAAGGACAAUGAGAUCAGCGAGGUUCAGCGGUUGGAAAAGGUUGUGCAUAAAUUGAAAACCAUCAAUCGCGAUUUGUACGAACAAAGCAUACGUUUUAUGAUGUCGGAUGUGAAUGGACAUAGUAAAGGAGCUACCAAACAGGUAGCAGAAGGUUAAUCACGCAGGUGGCCCCGUAAGCGGCGUUAAAAUGAAAACACCUGAAUUUAUUUAGAGCUACAAUUCACUUUUUCAUGCAUACUCAAUGAGUAUAGGAUUUUCAAAACCGAAAUAAAUACGUUCCCGCCAUCGAACUAUAAAC